CUGUUUACCUCUGCAAGCGGACAAUGCAAAACAAAGCAAGGCUAGAGCUAGCAGACUACGAAGCUGAGAGUUUGGCCAGGCUACAGCGAGCAUUUGCUCGGAAAUGGGAGUUUAUUUUUAUGCAAGCUGAAGCGCAAGCAAAAGUGGACAAGAAGAGAGACAAGAUAGAAAGGAAGAUUCUGGACAGCCAGGAGCGAGCAUUUUGGGAUGUUCACCGGCCGGUGCCUGGAUGUGUAAACACUACUGAAGUGGAUAUAAAAAAAUCUUCAAGAAUGAGAAAUCCACAUAAAACAAGAAAGUCUGUCUAUGGCUUACAAAAUGACAUUCGAAGUCACAGCCCUACCCACACACCAAUACCGGAGACCAAGCCACCCACAGAAGAUGAACUACACCAAGAGAUUAAGCACUGGCAAAUGCAAUUAGACAGACAUAGAUUAAAAAUGUCAAAAGUUGCAGAGAGUCUAUUAGCGUACACAGAGCAGUAUUUGGAAUACGAUCCUUUUCUUGUGCCCCCUGAUCCCUCAAACCCUUGGAUAUCAGAUGACACCACUUUCUGGGAACUGGAGGCAAGCAAAGAGCCGGGACAGCAGAGGGUGAAGCGAUGGGGGUUUGGAAUGGAUGAAGCUUUGAAAGACCCCGUGGGAAGAGAGCAGUUUCUCAAGUUCCUGGAGUCAGAAUUCAGUUCAGAAAAUUUAAGGUAA